AUGGGCUCUUCCAAGGCGUCCGAUGCUGCACCUCCCCCCAGGCCCUCUCGUGGCUGGGAUGCCACCGCGCACGAAGCUCUCCUCUUGUGCAUCAUCGAUGAAGUCAAGGGCGGCAAGGCGCUGAUGACCGAGGUCACCAAGAAGAUGCAAGCCCGAGGCUACACCUACAGCUACGAUGCCAUCAAUCAACAUGUCCAGAAAUUGCGCAAGAGCCGUGAUACUGCAGGCAUCGUCGCAGCCUCCUCCGAGCCUGGCGCUGCCACUCCGCGCAAGAGCGCCACUCCGACUCCUCGCAAGCGCCGCUCCGCCAAGAAGGAGAUUGACGAUAUGGACGACGCCCUGAGCCUCAAGCUGGAGCAGCACGAAGAUGAGGAGAUGGGCAGUCCUUGCGAGCGCCCGCGUAAGCGCGGCAAGUCUCUCCUCUCGGCCCAAAUCAACGCCUUGGAUAACGAGACCAAGCUUGAGAACGAGGAUGGCUACUAA